UGGGGUUCCUCUGUCUAUUUGUGUUACAAGAAGUCUGUGGCCAAACCCAACACCAUAGCCUACAAGGCAGGUCUGUUUAGCAGGUAUCCUGAGGAGGACUAUGAGUCCUUCCCCCUGCCUGAGUCCGUGCCUCUGUUCUGUCUGCCCAUGGGGGCCACCAUCGAGGCCUGGCCGGCUCAGACCAAAUACCCCCUGCCUGUCUUCUCCACCUUCGUACUGACCGGAUCCUCUGGAGAGAAGGUGUACGGUGCAGCCAUCCAGUUCUACGAGCCCUACUCCCAGGACUGUCUGACCGACCAGCAGCGCUCUCAGCUGGGUCUGCCGGGGCUGGACCACGGGCCCUCUUCCCCAGCCUCUUCCCCAGCCACCUCCCCCUCCACCCCAGCUCCGGGCCCCAGAGCGCUACACACCAGCAAGUGUAUCUGUUUGCUGUCUCACUGGCCCUUCUUCGACGCCUUCCGCAAGUUCCUCACCUUCCUCUAUCGAUACUCCAUCUCCGGACCUCACACCCUGCCCAUCGAGAAGCACAUCUCCCACUUCAUGCACAAGGUCCCCUUCCCCUCCUCUCAGAGGCCCAGGAUACUGGUGCAGCUCUCUCCUCACGACAGCCUGAUGUUGAGCCAGCCUGUGUCAUCCCCUCUACCACUCAGUGGUGGUCGGUUCUCCAUACUGCUGCAGAACCUCGGCCCGGAGAAUGCUAUAACGCUCCUGGUGUUUGCUGUGACAGAACAUAAGAUCCUGGUCCACUCUCUACGGCCCGCUGUUCUGACCAGUGUCACUGAGGCUCUGGUGGCUAUGAUCUUCCCAUUCCACUGGCCGUGUCCGUACAUCCCUCUGUGCCCGCUGGCUCUGGCAGGAGUCCUCUCCGCCCCCUGCCCCUUCAGUGGGGUCGACUCACGCUACUUUGACCUUUGACCCCCGCUGGACGUCAGCUGUGUCGACCUCGACACAAACACCAUCUCCCACAACGGAGAUAAGAGGGCCCUGACCUGGAAGAUCCUGCCAAAGAAAGCCUGUAAAAACCUGAUGAAUGUGCUGAACAAUCUCUACCAGCAACUGGUGGACGGUCAGCAGCGUCCUGAUGGCCUAUUGGAGCUGAGUAUGAGUGACUGUACAGAGCUGGCCUGUGGGAAGAGCCUCCACAGCCUGGAGAUGGAGAUACAGGAAGCCUUCCUCAGGUUCAUGGCGGCCAUUUUGAAAGGCUACCGCUCAUACCUGAGACCCAUCACCCAGGCCCCGUCUGAGAAGACUACUGACGCCUCCUCUCUCUUUGACCUGCAAGGGUUCCUGAAGAGCAGAGACCGGUCCCACCAGAAGUUCUACUCCCUGAUGACCAAGACUCAGAUGUUCAUCAGAUUUAUAGAGGAGUGCUCCUUCGUCUCAGACAAAGACGCCAGCUUGGCCUUCUUCGAUGACUGUGUGGACAAGCUCUACAGUGCAGACAAAGGAGGCAAGGUGGACAGCGAUAAGCCAGAUGAGACCAGGCUGAUAGAGAUUGACGAAUCACAGCGCAGCGAGCACACAGUCUUCAUCACACCCCCUGAACUACCCCAUCUGCCUGAUGGAGAGGAGCACCCACUCUGCUACAGCUAUGCAGGUUUCCCGGUGUUGAGUCUUGAUCUGUUUGACCCCAUGGAAGGCCUCCGACCCCCUGCCUCUCGGCUGGCUGCCCGACAGAGCUGCCCAACUAGCCCUGCACCCAUGUUCAGACGCACCAAACAGGAGAUCAAGUUGUCUCAGAAGUUAGCCAAGAGGUACUCCUCCAUCCCUCAGAUGUGGUCCAAGUGUCUGCUGUGCCACUGCUACGGCCUGUGGUUCAUCUGUCUGCCGUCCUACGUCAAGGUGUGCCACUCCAAGGUGCGGGCGCUGCGCACCGCCUACGACGUCCUCAGGAAGAUGCAGGACAAGAAACUACAGCCUCCCGACGAGGUCUGUUACAGGGUCUUGAUGCAGCUGUGUGGUCAGUACGGCCAGCCAGUCCUGGCGGUCAGAGUUCUGUUUGAGAUGAAGAAGGCUGGAGUCCAACCCAACGCCAUCACCUAUGGCUACUACAACAAGGCGGUGUUAGAGUCUACCUGGCCCUCCAGUACCAGAGGAGGUUACUUCAUGUGGAUGAAGCUGAGGAACGUGGUUAUGGGUGUGGCUCAGUUCAGACAGGCGCUACGCAAACAGCAGCCUCCAUCCACUCAGAGCCCUCUGUCAGAUGGCAGCGACCUGGACGCUGUGAGUCACGGCAGCCUGGAUAGCUCUGCCGACACAAACACGGCCGAGCAGGGCUCCUGCGCCCCUGACUCCAUCAAAGUAGACCCCACUGACGAUAGGCGUAGCACAGGUGAGCAGUCAGACCUGGGCUAUGACUCCCUCUCUAAAGAAGAGGUACGUAGAGGAGAGCCCAGCCCGCUGGACAGGGACAGCACCCAGGACAAGGACAACAAGAAGGAGAGUGACUGCAGCUCCUUGUCGGAGACAGAGAGUGCUAAGAGCAGUGGAGACUGUCUCCCUCAACAGGACUUCCCAGAGGUCAACGGUCCAUUCAAGCGGCAUAAUUCCGGCAUCGUCCGCGGCAACUGUCCCUAUGACGAUGCAGCCUGUGAGCCCAAGGGGUCAACCAGCACAGACCAUGUAGCAGGUCUCCUGUUGAGCUCCUCUCUGAAUGAGGUAGGUGUGGUUGAGACCAACAGUCUGAGGAGGAGACAUCUCAGUGCCCUUGAGGAGGGAGGUGGCAGUGGGAGUAGUGGUGGAGGAGGAGGAGGAGGAGGAGGCCAUGACUGGCAGGGUGUGCGAGGGUGCAGACUGAGUGGAGACAACAGGGUUGGUAGCAGUGGCACUCCAGUGUUGGGUCUGGGACUGCACCAGGGAGAGACUGACCCAGCCAGGAUAGCAGAGAACCUGGGGGCAGACACCAAGAUCCUCCAGGGGACCAGCUUCAGCCAGACCAACAGGCCGCGGUCGUUAGUCCUGGGAGGGUCAGAGGGGGCUGGAGCAACUGGGGGUAGAACCAGGCGCUGCAGACGUAGAGACAGCCCUGAAGACGGAGAGGAGAGGGACUGGAGUGACGAGGACCAGAAUGACAAGAAUAAUACAGACGCCAUCUUUGAUCUGGAGGACCUAGAUCUGGACGGACCAACCACAGAGAGCGUUGCUAAAACCAGCCAAUCACGGAAGAGGACAGUGGAACGCAGCGCCAGCUAUGGCGGUGUGGGUGUGGCCUCAGCCUGGCGGGGCACCGUUAAACGAACGGGGAUCGAGACAGGCUUCGACCCGCUGUCCCUCCUGGCGGCCGAGUCCAAGUCCCAGGGAGACAGAGAGGACGACCUGGAAGUAGAGAUGGAUGGGGUCGUGACCCCUACGGGCCGGCGCCAGGACCACCUGGCUAGGGAGAUAGAGAUGUACAUGAACCAUAUGGGUUCUCCGCUGAACAGCCGGACACCCAGUAUGGACCUCCAGGACCCCUCCAGCCCCCUGUUCCUCCACCCUCCUCCCCCACUUAUCACCACCCCGAGGCCCAGUCUCCCCCAUACCUCCCCUCUCAGGACAGGAGCAUUACCUCGCUCCAGGACCCACAACUCCCCCUCGCCCUCCCAGCCUGCCAGACAGAGGCUCUGGUCCUCACCCCCUGUCCCCACUCCACCCCCAGCCCACAGCCCAGCCCCUACCGGGAGAGGGAGAGACAGGGACCUGGGUUUGCUGUCCCCGUCUCUGUCCUCCUCCUCCUUCGCCCUGGACCAGCUCCUCACCCCCACCCUGGAUGUGUUGAAGAGCAGCAUGUUCUCGGCAGGGAAAGGUGUGGCGGAGAAGGCUAGCCGGUGGUACUCUCGCCUGGCCACCUCCUACACCGCGCCCACCAAGGAUGGUAACUGUGACCGUCUGAGUGUGUCCUCUCUGGGCAUGGACCCUGACUGCUCCUCCCUGUUGGAUGUGGAUGAGGAGGGCCUGGGGGACCCAGACGGCUCCAUCACCUCCCCUCAGAGAAAUGGCCCCGGGCCCCGUAGGAGCCCAAGGAGAAGCCCGUCCAGACGCAGUCCCCUGAGGAGCAGACUGGACAGUUCCACACACAGACAGACAGGCUUUCCUCCCCCAGACUGUUCUGAUCUGGGCUCGUCUCGCUACACCAGCAAUACCAGUGUCUUCCAGAACUACGCCAUGGAGCUGUUGAUCUCCAGCUGUUCUCGCUGUAAGACGUGUGACGGUCUGGUGUACGACGAGGAGAUCAUGGCAGGAUGGACGGCUGACGACUCCAACCUCAACACCACCUGUCCCUUCUGUGGGAACCCCUUCCUCCCCUUCCUGAAUGUAGAGAUCAGAGACCUGAGAGGACCUGGGAGGUUCUACCUGAAGAGCAGUCCGUCAGCGGACGAGGCUGUGUCAUCGUCCUACUCUGUGUCCACCGGUCUGGACACCGGGACGUCCACUCUGUCCACUCCCUGUCCCACUACUGUCCUGUCUCCUCUCUCACCCAGGAUCACUGUAGAGGGCUGCUCUGGUAACAGCAGGCUGUCGUCGUCCAGGGCCCAGGGUAUAGAGAUCCCUACAGAGCGGCGUCAGGGGGCCCUGUCCCCGGGGUCAGCUAUGGUGCGGAGUGUCAGUGCCUUUGACCCCAUGGAGGAACCAACUCCACUCAACCACAAUGUACCCACUUCAGGCAGCCUGCCCAGCCGACUCAACGAGGCCAGCGACCCCCUGAGUGUUGAUAUGGAGUGGCGUCUCCACCACCCAGAACCAGUCACAGUACCCUACCUGAGUCCCCUGGUGCUGUGGAAGGAGCUGGAGUCCCUGCUGGAGAACGAGGGAGACCCUGUUAUCACAGUGUCAGCCGUGGUGGACCACCAUCCUAUCAUCUACUGGAACCUGGUUUGGUCCUUCAGACGUCUGGACCUGCCCAGCAACCUGCCUGGACUCAUACUGACCUCAGAGCACUGUAACAGGGGAUCUACGGUCCCUCGCCACUGGAUGUCAGAGGACAGUAAACACGUGUUGAUCCAGAUCUUAUGGGACAACCUCAAGCUGCACCGGGAUCUCAUCCAGCCGUUCUACAUCCUG